AUGAAGCAGUUUCAAGAGUUGUUGCUACGUGCGUCGGUGGCGUUGAUGCCCACAGUUUCUGCGAUCAGGUGGGUGGAGGUCGAGCGAAUCCUUAAUGAGCUUGUGGGGGAGCUUGACCGAAACUCCGACAACUGUGAAUGGUUGAUCGGGCUGUCUAUUCUUUGCCAGCUUUUGAAUAUCUGCAACCACUUGCCUGAUUCUGUGGCUCGCCUCGGUGAUCAUUUAGUCCUUGUCUUAGUUCAAUUUUUAGACCGGGCACAUACGCAUACAGCAAGCACCCCAAUCGCCUUCAACCUGGAACAACGCUUGAGACUUGCGGUGGCAUUCUCGUGGUACAUGACGAUCACUGCCGAGGUGAAUGCCCCUCAAGCACUCUCCACAACGCUAGCCAUCGAGCGUAUCUUUGCUGUGUACGAUCUCAGGAUGCCAGCGAAAGCCGAUAUUACCAAUGUGAUGGGUCUGUGGGAGGUACAGUUGCGCAGCUAUAGAAUGGCUCUGAUGGUAGCUGGACCCGAAUUGGCUCCCAACACUCACUUGGUUCCCCAAAUUUGUCGGUUUUUGAAUUACGCCUUUUCGCUUUUCGCUCAAGGGACAUCUGACACCAUCGAUUGGUACAAGUGGGAGGAUAUCGCUUCCUUGAUCCAGCUGCCGGACAGCUGGAUAUUCCACAUGUGUUUAUUGGAAAGACUGAAGCAGGUCAGUCCACCGUCAUUAGGUUUGCUGUGGGUAUGUUGGGUUGUGGAAGAAAUGUUGCAGUCAGCUGAUUUGCACGCUCCGACCGUGCUGUUUGUGUGUCUGGUGGGCUUCAACCAGGCCAUGAUGUCAAUGAUGGAGCAGGGCCUUGCUGGUGUAUACAUGAUGUUUGCAACUAAAUUGUGUAUGGUAGCGCCAGUUGAGUUUUAUGGGGCAUUCAAGGUGAAGGGGGAAGCAGGAUUACACAGCUUCCCAUCGCCCUACAAGGGGAAAGGUACCUCUCUGGCAUUAAGCGAUGAAGUCUACAAUGAUACUUUGGUUUAUUCGCCAACUCCAUCGCUCACGACGUAUCCCAUUGAUACCUUAGUGUCAUAUUGCGAUGCCACAAUCCAAUCAGAAGAGGUGGUUCAGCUUAUCAAGCAACUUCCCAAGACUCUUUUCAAUCAGAGUCGUGAGCACUUGAUGUUCUGCUCCACGCUGCCUCUUAGUACAAACUAUCUCAAUUUGCUUAUACACUUUUUCCUGUUGGAUUCAGUGACCAACCCAAAGAUCAUUGUGUGGACUGUUUCUCUUCUUCACCAUUUUGAUCUUUGGUCAAAUGCCGACUUUAGGGUGGUGUUGGAAUACUUAACAGACUCGUGGAAAUUUUACCAGAAUCUAGAAGAAUUAGAUCGUCGUAUCAUUCCUAAUGAUCAAUUUGCGAAAGAUAUUUCAUUCGAGAUUGUGCCGAUGAAUUUAUUAGAGGUGACGACGGACACAAUCCGGUCCAAUUUGGAGCUGUUCAAGUUGUUUUUGUUCGUGGUGUAUUUUGGUACGAAAGAGAUUUAUUUAAGACUUAAUAAGUAG